AUGGGGCGGCGCUGAGCGGCGGAGCGGCUGCGGGGAGCCAUGCUGUCGAGGAAGGGGAUUAUUCCCGAGGAGUACGUGCUGACCCGGCUGGCCGAGGAUGUGCCGGAUCACGCCCGGUACCGCGCCCGGGAGCGGCGGGCACGCUUCGUGGGCAAGAACGGCGCCUGCAACGUGGCCCACAAAAACAUCCGGGAGCAGGGCCGGUUCCUCCAGGACGUCUUCACCACGUUGGUGGACCUCAAGUGGCCCCACACGCUGCUCAUCUUCACCAUGUCCUUCCUCUGCAGCUGGCUGCUCUUCGGCAUGGUCUGGUGGCUCAUCGCCUUCGCCCACGGAGACCUGGACCACGGCACCCGGCUGCAGCGCACCCCAGCCACGGAGAUCCCGGACGGCUUUGUGCCCUGCGUGACCAGCAUCCACUCCUUCACCUCCGCCUUCCUCUUCUCCAUCGAGGUGCAGGUGACGAUCGGCUUCGGAGGGCGCAUGGUGACGGAGGAGUGCCCGGCCGCCAUCCUGGUGCUGAUUGUGCAGAACAUCGUGGGGCUGGUGAUCAACGCCAUCAUGCUGGGCUGCAUCUUCAUGAAGACCUCGCAAGCCCACCGCCGUGCCGAGACCCUCAUCUUCAGCAAGCACGCGGUCAUCGCCCUGCGCAAUGGCAAGCUGUGCUUCAUGCUGCGGGUGGGCGACCUCCGGAAGAGCAUGAUCAUCAGUGCCACCAUCCGCAUGCAGGUGGUGAAGAAGACCUCCAGCCUGGAGGGGGAAGUGGUGCCCCUCAACCAGAUCGACAUCCAGAUGGAGAACCCCGUGGGGGGCAACAGCAUCUUCCUCGUCUCCCCGCUCAUCAUCUACCACGUGAUAGACAAGAACAGCCCCCUCUACGACAUCUCCCCCUCGAACCUUCACCACCACGAGGACCUGGAGAUCAUCGUCAUCUUGGAAGGGGUGGUGGAGACGACCGGCAUCACCACGCAAGCCAGAACCUCCUACUUGGCGGAUGAAAUCCUCUGGGGCCAGAGGUUUGUGCCCAUCGUGGCCGAGGAAGACGGGCAAUACUCUGUGGACUACUCUAAAUUUGGUAACACGGUGAAAGUGCCCACCCCUUCGUGCACUGCCAGGCAGCUGGAGGAGGACAAGAGCAUUAUGGACACAGUGCCAUUUUCCCCUAGAAGUACCAUACGGAAGAGAUCUAUCAAGCUAAAGCCCAAGUUCACCAUAUCUGACGAGCCUUCCUGAUGCCUUUGGACUGGGAAACUGUGCUAGGGCUUUGCGUCUGAAAGAUCUCAUGAACUCAAAACACUGAGGUGGCCUCUAUUACUUUUUAAAAUAAUUCAGGUCGGUAGCACAAGGUAUGUUCUGCUGUUAUUUAUUGCGGGGUAAAUGUAAAGCUAAUUAUAUUUUUUUAAAGGUGCGAAAUUUCAGGCAGCACUGGGAGUAGGAAAAUCCCAAUCUGCAGCUUUAAAUUUUGGUUCCGACUGUCAUGCUGAGUUGCACGAUCAUUCUGCAUUGAUUAAUCUCUAGGUAACUACGUAUUUUCUCAAAAAACAAAUGUUUCUAUAUCCUCAGAGAUUGCAGUUCUGGGGGUCUUGCAGUGUCUGUCUUAAAGUCGGUAGUUUUUAACUGCUCUUUUCUAACUUGAACAAUCAAUAUCGAGAAAUAAAGUAUUAAUAAUUAAUGAAGCAAGCUGAAUUUAAACAGUAACGAGAAGGUCAGGCAGCGUAGUGCGACACAAGAGCAGAUCUGGGACUGUGUGCUAUUAUACUCAAUGUCUUAAAUAAAUGGCUGGGUUUGCUGCAUCCAUAUUGUACUGUAUGGAGCCACUCCUACCACAUGCAGUACGAAAUGUAUUUGGACAUUUCCUUUUGUUUAUUUUAAAACCCUUUACACUUCCCAAAUAAAACAGUCAAAUGUA